GGGGGAAGCGGGGGGGACCCCAGAGUGACACCCCCCCCUCCUCGGCAGCCCCUCCCGCAUGGCCGGGCAGGGGACUCAGGCGUCUGAAGGGGGAUGCCCAGGGUGAGGGGCACUGGGGGGGCACCGGCACCCACCGACCCCACCCCCUCGAGCCACGCCCACCCACGGCCACACCCACCCACCGCACAGGCCCCGCCCCCCGGCACUCACCUUUUGGACUGGUGUCCUCCUGUCCCCACGAUGCCCUGUCCCCAGGGCACCCUGUCCCCAUGCUACUCCAUCCCCUGCAUCCUCCUGUCCCCACGCUGCUCCCACCCCACGGUGCCCCAUCCCUGGCGCACCCCGUCACCACCACGCUCCGUCCCCAGCGUACCCUGUCCCCACAAUGCUCCAUCCUCAUGGUGCCUCAUCCUCAUGGUGCCCCGUCCCCACGGUGUCCUGUCCCCACUGCGUCCCAUCCCCACUGUGUCCCAUCGCUGCUGUGCCCCAUCCCCACCACACCCUGCCCCAGUGCUUCCCCAUCCCCGCGACGCCCCAUCCCCGCAGCCCCCAUCCCCCUGUGCUGCCCCAUCCGCAUCGACACCCCAGCCCCAUAAGCACCCUGCGGCCCCAGCCCCAUGGCACCCUGCCCCUCUGACACCGCGUCCCCGCCAUGGCCGUCCCUGCGGCCCCGUCGUCGCUCCGCCGGCGGGCGAUGGCUCUGGCUCCUCGCCGGUGCCCGCUGGUGGGGGGCGAGGCGGCGAGCGCCGCUUCCCCGAACCUGCUGCUAUUUUUACUCUCUCUGCAGGAGGAUUCGCUGCUGCGUGGAGCUGCAGCUCCCGCCGCAUGGCACAGGGACGGGCACGGCAUGGCACGGUGUGGCACAAGCUUUGCCCCUGCACACCGCCGAGCAGCCUUGGUCCCCACGGUGCCACGAUGGGGCCGACCCGGCGAGGAGCGGGACCGUGUGGGGCACACGUGCCCGGAGCCACGUGGCACUGGGGGGUCUCAGGCACCGCAUCCCCUCCCCAGCACAGUGCCGGGCCCGGUGCAGUACCCCCCUGCACCGAGCUGCGAGUGCCACCCGUGGGCGCAGGCUGCGUGGGUGCGGGCGCGGGCGGCGUGUGCCGAUCCCAGGGGGCUGCGGGUGCUGCCGCUGCGGCAGCGCAGAGAGGGGAGGGGGCCUGGCCACCCCCUCACACGGCGCCUUCGCGGGUGGGAGGAACAGGAACGGCAGCGGGAAGGAGCCCGGGAACCUGUUGCCAUAACAACUCGGGUCCCACGCCGGGAUGGGGACGGGGACAACGCUCAGAGCCUGGCACGGGGACCCCCAACGUGGGGCAGCAUGGGCACAGGGUGACCACGGGACCCCGCACCCUGUCCCCCUGGCUUGGCCUCGCAGUCCCCUCUGUGGGGCUGGGCACUGCCACGUGGGGCUGCCCUGUACCACAGAGCCAAGCUUGGCUGAGCAGAGCCCAGCUUUGCUAUGCUAAGCCGAGCUUUGCCAUAUUUUCCCAUGCAGAGCCGGACUUCGCCAUGCAGAGCCAGGCUUCGCCAUGCAGAGCCGGGCUUUGCCGCGCUUUGCCGCGCAGGGCCGGGCGGGCGGGAGGCUGGUCCAUGGCACGGUGCCACUCGGGUAAAUAUUUUGCUGGAGCGACGGCUGCUGGCCCACGGCCACCUGCAGCCUUUGGAGCACCGGCAGAUCCGGGGGCCGGAGCCAGCUCCCAGCUCCCCCUUCCUCGUUCCUCCUCAGAGGCAGCUUCCUCAGCCCCAACGCCACCGACACCGCUCCAGCCCCUGGCCAGGACGCCCCGCAGGAGGAUGGGUGCCACCCAUCCGGCUGCCGGUGACCCCACUGUCCCCCUGCAUGGGGACCCCCCAAUUGUCCCCCCGCAGCGGGGCUGGGAGAGGUGUCCCCGAUGCCCGGGUCCCUCCUGGCAGGGCUGCGGCAGAGCCCGGCAUGUGCAGCGCCGAGCACCGGUGCUGAGCAGUGCUGGAGGCUGUGGCGGGGGGGGGACGAUCCCCUUAUUUCCCAGGAGGAAACUUUGGGGUUGGUGGAAUUUUCCACCAGAAAAAACACUGAAAGCUGGGGCAGAGCCGGGGCAGCCGGGCACAGCCCCGGGGGGGGGGGGGGCGGGACAGUCCCCUGCCUUCAGCCCACCCCCAUGUCCCCGGGGCUGCGGCUGGCGGCGGUGGGGGAGCCCCCAGCACAAAGGUGAUGGGAAGUUUUGGGGGUCCCGUGUCCCUGCAGGUGUCCCCUGGCCAUAUCCCGCCAGGGAUCCCACCCCUGAAGGAGCAGUGUCCCUGUCCUGUGGAGUGGGAGUGGGGUGCCUGUCGGGCACAGAGCAGCUGGGAGGGAUUUUCCUGCUGCCCCUCCGAGGGGGAGAGUGCCCCUGCCCCCUGCCUGCCCUGCCUGUGGCUUUGUGGGGAAACUGAGGCACAAGGGACGUGGAAUCACGUGGAGGCACCCGUUCCCAUGCCUGUCCCGUCCCGUCCCACCUGGCCACUGCAGUUGGGGGCCACCCCCCUGGCAGGGAAGGGGUUAAGGGCCCCUCACGCGUUGGCUGAAACCCCUCAGGGGCUCCCCAAGGGCUCAUUACCUCGACCUCAGCCCCCCUACCCGGGGGGAUGAAUAAUUCAGUGCCUUGUAGGAGACGUGUCCUCCCUCCCUCUCCUUCCUCCUCCUCCUCCUCCUCCUCACCGGCUCAGCCUUCCCCACCUCCCGCUGCUCUCAGUCCUCGCCGUACCGAGCCCCGGGUGCUACCGAACUCCGCUCGGCACCGGCGGCAGAGACCCCCCGCCUCGGCAGCGGCGUUGCCGGUGACGCGUGGUCGAGGCCAUGGACCCCAAGGACCGCAAGAAGAUCCAGUUCUCGGUGCCGGCACCCCCCAGCCAGCUGGACCCCCGCGCCGUCGAGAUGAUCCGCCGGCGGAGGCCCACGCCGGCCAUGCUCUUCCAGCUCUCCGAACAUUCCUCCCCAGGUGCCAGCAGCCCUGUCCCGCUCACCCCUCUCUCCCUGGCGCUGCCGACCCAGAGGACGAGUCCCUGCCCUACCAGCGCUCCUCCGGUGAGGGCUGCCUGCUUAAACCAAAGAGGACCAACCCGUGUGCCUACACACCGCCCUCACUCAAAGCGGUGCAGCGCAUCGUGCAGUCCCACCUGGAGAGUGGCCUGGCCGGGGGUGACAGCUCCGACGGGGAGGGUGAUGACGGGGAGCAUGAGCUGGCCCACGCCUGUGACCCCGACAGCGCCCUGGAGCCUGAAGCCCUGGGGAGCCAGGCCAGAGCCGAGCGGAGCUACUUCCCCGCCGGCCCCAAGGCGCACAAGCGGAAAGGCGGGCAGAAGGUGUCCUUCGCCGGCGGCAUAGAGGAGCGCGGGGAGGACCUGAAGUCGCUGACGGUGUCGGAGAUCCCCGAGGACCCCGAGGGAGCCGAGGGUGACGAGGAGGAGGCGGGACGGGAGCAGGAGGAUGGUGGCACCGGGGAGCGGCGACACAUCGGCUUCGCAGAGGUGCCCUCGCGCCCCAUCAGCACCGAGCGCCACUCGCCCACCUUCCCGCUGGGCACCAGUUAGCCGGCACCAGGCACCGGGCACCGGCCCCCCCCGGUUGCCCCCCCCCGGCCGCAGCAGCUUCGCCAGCAUCGCCCCCCGCCCAGCCCCGGCUGACCCCUCGCCCGCUGCCUGCCCUGCCUGCGCUUCGCGUGCCGGGCCGUGCCGUGCCGGAGCCCCCCGCACGCCAUGGCCGCCUCCGUCCCGCUCCGGGGGUCCCGUCCCCGGGGAGCCCCACGGCAGCGGCCGGCGAGGCCUCGUGUCCCCCCGGCUGCCGGGGCAGGAGCUGGGGCCGGGACCCCCGGGUGCUGGGGGGGUCUGGGCCCCCCCCGGCUCCUGCCCCCCCCCCAACGCCCCCCAUCGAGCAGAGCCCCCCACCCGCAAUAAACGGCUGUA